AUGCACGUUGCCGACCUGGCCUCGUACGGCCACGACACGCACGUCGAGCAGCUGCAACGCGUCCACAAGCUCCUCUCGGCACGACUGCGAGCUCUCCCCGACCUCUCGGUAACCUCGACCAAGGACGCCAUUGAGCACGCGCUCCAUGUGCUGCCGGACGACCUCCCGCAAGAUGGACUCGGUCUGGAAGCGACCACGACCCACCUCCUCUCGACCAUCUCGCCCGCCCUCUCGCCCGGCCAAGCCGGUCCUCGAUGCUUCGCCCUCAUCACGGGGGGCGUCACGCCCGCCGCGCAGCUCGCCGACAUGCUCGUCACGAGCUUCGACCCGUGCGUCCAGGUCCACUGGCCCGAGCAGACCAUCUCGGUCGCGCUCGAGGCCCUUACCCUGUCGUACCUCCUCGACCUCCUCGGCCUCCCCUCGUCCACCUUCACCCAGAACACGCUCACCACCGGCGCGACGGCGUCAAACCUCCUUGGCGUGUGCACCGGGCGGGACUGGGUCGUCGCACGCGUCAAGCACGCGCAGGGCGAGCCGAGGUGGAGCGUCCCGGACGAUGGCCUGGGCGGCGUCGAGGUCGACCUCUUUGUCGCCGACGCGCACGCGAGCGUGCGCAAGGCGGCGGCACUCGCCGGGCUCGGCCGACGGAGCGUCGUGCAGGUCGGCGAUGCGGCGGCGGAGCGGGAGGGCCGGCUCGUGUCGAUGGACCUGGUCGAGCUGGAGCGGCGGCUGCGGGGCAACAAGGAGCGAGGGCGGGGCAGCAUCGUCGUGACGAGCUUCGGCGAGGUCAACACUGGCGCCAUCAACGCCGACACGCCCGCCGUGCGCGCCCUGUGCGACCGCUACGGCGCGUGGCUUCACAUCGACGCCGCCUUUGCCGCCUUUGCCGUCCUCCACCCCGACUUUGCGCCGUACAAGGCGCACCUAGCCCUCGCCGACUCGAUCACGAGCGACGCCCACAAGUGGCUCAACGUCCCGUACGACUGCGGCGUCUACCUGUCGCGCUCUCGGCGUGUCGUCGUUGUCGACGACGACGACGACGAGCGAGGACCGGGCGUGACGGCGUCGCUGUACGACCUGUGCGGCCCGGGCGACUCGGCGCCAGCCUACUUGGCGACGCCGGCGACGUCAAGCGGCUCGGCCACGUCGAGCCAUCCUCGAGUCGAGACGACCAAGGCGCUGCCGAGCCCGCUCUUCCAGAACGUGGAGAACUCGCGCCGAUUCCGCGCCCUCCCCCUCUACGCCUCGCUCCUGUCGCUCGGUCACGCCGGCUACGCCCGCCUGAUCGAGCGCAACGUCGCCUUUGCCCGCCGCAUCGAGUCGUUCCUGCGCACGCACCCCUCCUUCGACAUCCUAACGCCCGCGCCCUCGACCGCCUCGCCCGCCGACGCUCCCUUCGCCUUUCGCGUCCUCAACAUCGUCCUGUUCGCGCCGUCGUCGCUCGCACCCGAGCGGUACCGCGUCGCGUCGUCGACGAACCCGGACCCGGCGGCGACGUUCCUUGGCGCCAUCAACGCGUCGAACGAGGUGUUCUGCACGGGCACGAGCUGGAGGGGCAGGAAGGCGGUGCGGAUCGCCGUGUCGAACUGGCAGACGGAGCUCGAGGAGGGGAGGGAGUGGGAGGUCGUGCGGAAGGUGCUCGAGCGGGUCGCGCGCGAGUAG